CGGAUGCAUGUAAUUCCGGCCGUCCUUGAUACCUAGUUACUAUUCCUAGGUAGGAGAUGUUAGCGAGCCCAAAGCGGAAAGCGGUUGGCUUGGCCGCCAAGAGUUGCAAAAUAAUACACACAAGCGAAGCGACAUCAACAACGACGAAGAGUCUAAGCCAGUCGAGAUAUUCAACUGCGAGCCUUCAAUUCCUUCCACACCGUUCCUCUCGACUCGACUCGCCUCCAGCCUACAUCAUGUCGUACGCAGGCAGACCUAAUUUGUCGGACGAUGUCGUCUGGGAGAUUGCCCGCACCCAGAACUCGUUCAUGGUGAAGCGUGCCGGCGUCCAAUUCUCCCGCGACCCUCUUAACUUGGUCAACAAGCACUCGCGAAAGUAUGCCGGGUUCGCGAACUCCAAGGCCAUUGGAAUCAAUGCCACUGAGAGUGGAAACAUCGCCGUGACCACCAAGAAGCCCGCCAUGGGCCACAGACCGGCCUCCAGCACCGUCACCAACACCUACAGCUCCACUGCUACCAGCCGAAAGAUCUACAAGGGCGUCGCCAACACCGCCGCCAAGAGCGGGUACCGUCCCGAUCUCCGCGCUGAGGCCGUCAGCCGUGUCAGCGCGAUCAGAAAGUCGCAACGGCCCAAGAAGGAGGCUCCCGUGAAGAAGGCCAGAGGAGCCAAGGCCCGGAAGGCUGCUGAGGAGUCGUCUUAGGGGGUUUAUUUCUUUGGUUUGAAAGGGAUCGCUUGAUGGGAGUUUAUUUUGCUUUAGGUGGGUGAAUUUGACUGGAAUAUCGAUUUGAUUUGGGGCAACGGGGUUAAUUAAUGGAAACCUGAAACCUCAACUCUUACGGAAAAUCCCCCGUGGGGAGUGGGAGAGGGAGAGGGAGGGCUAUCUGGGAGCCGAGAGUUCCAUUUGGUUGAAAGGGUUUCAUGAGACAAUUCCUUUCUAAUUUAAACCACAAAAAAAUUAUAAAUCCAAAGCCUUUAAAUCGAAAUUCCAAGUCCAUGUUUACUCAUAGCUCCUUUCGUUAUAUUCAAAUGAACAUGAUUGUGUCCGCUACUCACUCUUAACUUAUUUACCACCUUCACUCCAACGUCCCAUCCCCUAUAUCUAUAGCGACAGCAGUCUAGGAACAAUAAAUUAUCUAACCAGUCCCAUUAAAAGGGUAUUGGCCGAAAAUGAUGUCACGCUAGCCAUCAGGGUAUCAUUUGCUCCGCAACAUUCCGGGCAUUUUCGAGGGUCAAUUAUAAUUUUACUAAUCGAAUAAAUCAGCCAUCUUGAAAAUUGGUUGGACGACAAGAGAGGGAGGGAGAGCCCCAGAAAAUUAUCUGCUGGAGUAUGUAUGGCAUUUGUCGCUCAAAUGAGCAAGGUAGCUUAGAUAUAUUGGGAAAUGUAUUCAAGUACAAGUACU